CCCUUCCUGCCCCGCCGGCGGCCUCGGGGUGGGGCCGAGCCGCCGCCGCUCCGCCGCCCCGGCCUGGCCAUGCUGGACUUCGCCAUCUUCGCCGUCACUUUCCUGCUCAUCCUCGUGGGCGCCGUGCUCUACCUGUACCCGGCAUCUAGGCAAGCAUCAGGUAUCCCUGGGCUGGCUCCAACUGAUGAAAAGGAUGGCAAUCUGCCAGAUAUCAUUGUCAGCAGCAGUUUACAUGAGUUUCUUGUGAACCUUCAUGAGAAAUAUGGGCCAGUGGUCUCCUUCUGGUUUGGAAGGCGUCUUGUUGUCAGCCUCGGCUCCAUCGAUCUCCUGAAACAACAUGUUAACCCCAACCGGUUGUUGGAUCCCUUUGAGACAAUGCUGAAAUCCCUCUUGAGGUACCAGUCCAGCCUGAAUGGGGAUACAGGAGAGAGCCACAUGAGGAGAAAACUGUAUGAGAAUGGUGUGACCAAGUCCUGGCAAAGUAAUGUUGCUCUCAUCCAGAAGCUGUCAGAAGAGCUGCUGGCCAAAUGGUUGUCUCUCCCCGAGGCACAACAUGUGCCACUCUGCCAGCACAUGCUGGGCUUUGCCAUGAAGUCUGUCACGCAGACAGCCAUGGGCAGCAGCUUUGAAGAUGACCGGGAAGUCAUCCGAUUCCGCAGGCACCAUGAUGCAAUCUGGUCAGAGAUUGGAAAAGGUUUCUUGGAUGGAUCUCUUGACAAAAACAUGACUAGGAAGAAGCACUAUGAAGAUGCUCUGGUGGAGAUGGAAUCCAUCUUAAGGAAGGUUACGAAGGAGCGCCGAGGCAGAUCAUUCAACAGGCAUGUCUUUAUAGACACCUUGCUGCAGGGGAACCUGAGUGACCAGCAGAUUCUGGAAGAUACAAUGAUUUUCUCUUUGGCAGGAUGUGUAAUCACCGCUAACUUGUGCACCUGGGCGGUCUAUUUCCUCACAACCUCAGAAGAUGUUCAGCAGAAUCUCUACAGGGAGAUGGACCGUGUUCUGGGGAAGGGACCAAUCACACAUGAGAAAGUGGAACAGCUCAGGUAUUGUCGGCAAGUCCUGUGUGAGACAGUGCGGACAGCAAAGCUCACUCCCAUUGCUGCACAGCUGCAGGAGCUCGAGGGCAGAGUCGACCAACACACUAUCCCCAAAGAGACACUUGUGCUUUAUGCUCUUGGUGUGAUUCUGCAGGACAGCUCAUCUUGGCCAUCACCAUACAAGUUUGACCCAGACAGAUUCAAUGAGGAAUUAGCCAUGAAAAACCUCUCCUUGUUGGGUUUCUCAGGAAGCCAGGAGUGCCCAGAGUUGAGGUUUGCCUACAUGGUGGCCACAGUUCUGCUGAGUGUCCUGGUAAGGAAGCUGUAUCUCCACCCAGUGAAAGGACAAGUCAUGGAGGCAAAAUAUGAACUGGUAACCUCACCAAAGGAGGAAGCCUGGAUAACAGUGUCUAAGAGAAGCUAAGAGCAAGUAAAACAAGGGGUUAAAAGUGCCAGCUGUGAAGCUCUGACCAAGGGUCUUAAGGAGAAUCAUACUGGCACCAUGUUUACCCAGCCAAGGAAUUUUAUAUCCAGAUUUUUUUACCUUGCAUAUUCUUAACCUCAUGCCUAUCUUGGGUAUUUUCUCUAAUUCAACCAGUAAUCAUAUUAAAGUAGAUUUAAUCUUUA